AUGGCUGAAUACGAAGCAUGCAUCCUUAAAAUCAUAAUGGAAAUCGCCAUGAACAUCAAAGAACUUUUGGUCAUAAGGGAUUCUGAUCAAUUGAUACACCAAGUCCAAGGGGAAUGGUCCACCAGGAAUGUCAAGAUACUUCCAUAUAUGCGCUGCGUGAAGGAGCUAUGCAAGAAGUUCACAAAGAUUGAUUUCAAGCAUGUCCCCAGGAUUCAAAACACGUUCAUUGAUGCCCUUGCAACCUUAUCAUCUAUGAUUCAACAUCCAGACAAGAACUACAUCGACCCUAUCGAGGUAGAGAUCAGGGAUCAACAUGCCUAUUGCUUCUAUGUAGAUGAAGAACCAAAUGGUAAAGCAUGGUAUCUCGACAUCAAGAAAUUCCUUGCAACUAGAGAAUACCUGGAGAAUGCUACUAAUGGUCAAAAUCGAGCCCUCAGGAGGCUGGAAAACCAAAUGUUCCUCAACGGGGAAGCCCUGUAUAGAAGGACCCCAGACUUAGGUUUGUUGAGAUAUGUAGACGCCACUGAGGCAACCAGACUAUUAGAAGAGAUACAUGUAGGAACGUGCGGACCUCACAUGAACGGGUUCACAUUAGCUAAGAAGAUCUUGAUAGCUGGAUACUUUUGGGGAACUAUGGAAAGUGACAGUAUCCGCUACGUACAGAAGUGUCACCGGUGCUAG